AUGAAUAGAGAUGAUCAAACAUAAGAUAUUUUAGAUAUUCCAUUGGAUUAAGAUAUACUUUAGCUGUACUACUAAAUUUUUGAAUUGCCUGAUAAAAAUGCAGUAGGCUUGUAUCAUUAUAGACAACAGGGUAUUUAAAGAUUUCAAUACUAAAAUAGUAAUUAAUUGUCAAAGUCAUCAAUAUUCAAAAUUAAGGAAAACAAAUAUUAAAUUUAAUACCUUAAGAACUUAGAGAAAAAGGAUUAUUACGCAAUUCAGUGUACAGAUAAAAAUGGAGAGUAUGAGAGUUUUUAUUUCAUUGCGAAAAUCAAAGUUCCUAAAAUCGUGUAUAAUUAGUCUGAAAUCACUGAGAAAUUUAUUGAAAUUAAAUAUCUUGCAUAGCUUAGUUAAAAUCUCAUAUUUGAUCAGCAUAUUGUAUUAAACUAAUGUGGAUCUCAAUAUUUAGGUUUUCAUUUGAGAGAAUUCAGGGUAUUUAAAAUGAAGAAGAUCUCAUAUAAAGCUAUUAGAGACAAAAUUUUUGAAGAUGAUUAUGUGGAGGUAAUGUCUUAAACUAAAACAAUUUCAUAAAUGAAAGAAUUGCCCUUUGUAAUAUGCAAAUCAACAAGAGAUAAGAAAAGAUUUACAUUAAACGUGAUGAACCAUAGCAUAACUGACUUUGAUUAAUGUCUAGGUGAAGUGAAUCUUAUAAAGCUUAAAAAUGAGGUUAACAGUUUACAUUAUGGAUAUUACUUGCUUGAAACUAAAAAGGGAGAUAUGAUAUCUGUUAAAAAAUUACUUUGA